CUUUACUUGUGGCGUUGAGGAGGAGCUCAGUUGUUUAUUCAUUCACGUCAGCCCCUCUCUCCUUCCCUUCCUUCCUUCCUGCUACACACAACGGGGACCCACCGUUGUAACUGUUUUUCCGAUAUUAAAAAUAAUCACAGUCACGUCGCCACCAUAAACCGAUUUUGGAAUCAGGAGGAGGCGAGCCGGCGCCUGGGUAGAUGUGAGCCCAAGGUAAUGGCCAGGCUGGUGGACGCAGGCACACAGACUGAUCCAGUAGUUGUGCUGUCCUUGGCCCAGGCCGCCGUGCUAGGUCUCAUCUCCCAGAAUGAAGUGUUUGGCGCCACCAUCGCACCCAAUGGCUUCUACACUGGCGAACCCAAAGAGUCCCCCGCACCCCCAGUAGACGGAGUCGACUACGAGUACGCAGACCAGCUUAUUGGAGCCAACGGAGAUUACCUGGGAGACAACUUAGGAGAAGACGGCCAGAUGCAACCCAGCUGCAGUCAGAGGAGGUGGCAGCAGGGCCCUCCCCAACACCCUGACGGAAAAAUGGUCGGCCCCGAUCGACACAGCAUUCAAGGUGGCGAUGGGUCCUCUUCCCACGUCAAAGGGGAAGGUGUGAACUCCGGGAUGGCCUCAUGUGUCCACAUGCUGAACAAUAUGGCUCCUCGAGGUGGUUUAGUUCAGGUAGACCCAGCCGCCCUGAGAGCCACCAACAAGAACUGCACAGAGUGUGAGCGGGACGCCACCAACCAGCAGCAGUCCAACACACACGGGCACCCUCCUCCCUCCCAGGUGGGCCACAGAGGAGGGGAGCAGGCCCACAGAGGGGUGCAGGGCCAGCGUAGCAUGGGGGGCCACAGUCGAAGCGGCCGGGAGGACGAGGAGGAGGUGGAACACCAGGCGAACAACAUGAUGAAGCCCACACAGCAGGAGGAAGCCAUCAGCAGCUACUUCCAGACCAGCGAAGUGGGCAGCUACGACUCGGGGGAAAUGGGCAUGGGGGGCGACUAUGAAGAUAACAGCCAGGGCAUGAUGUGGGCAGACGGUAGUGGAGGAGGGGCAGGGCAGCACCAGCAGCACCAUCACCACCAGCCUCCUCGUCGACACGGCGGCCGCAGAGUGGACCGGCUAGACAUUAACAUCCAGAUCGACGAGUCGUACUGUGUGGAUGUCGGAGAUGGCCUGAAACGCUGGAAGUGUCGCAUGUGUGACAAAUCAUACACCUCCAAGUACAAUCUGGUAACACACAUCCUGGGCCACAAUGGCAUCAAGCCGCACGCCUGUCCGCACUGCGGGAAGCUCUUCAAGCAGCCUAGUCAUCUUCAAACCCACCUGCUGACCCACCAAGGUACUCGGCCCCACAAGUGUACUGUCUGCAAGAAGGGCUUCACCCAGACGAGCCACCUGAAGCGACACAUGUUACAGCACACUGAUGUCAAGCCCUACAGCUGCCGCUUCUGUCGUCGUGGCUUUGCCUACCCCAGCGAGCUGCGGGCCCAUGAGGCCAAGCACGAACGUGGCCGCUGCCACGUCUGCUCGCAGUGCGGCAUGGAGUUCCCCACUUACGCCCACCUCAAACGCCACCAGACCAGCCACCAGGGCCCCCACACUUUCCAGUGCACAGAGUGCAACAAAUCGUUUGCCUACCGUAGCCAGCUCCAGAACCACCUCCUGAAGCACCAGAGCCCAAGGCCUUAUACCUGCUCCCAGUGCGGCCUGGAGUUUGUGCAGCUCCACCACCUACGGCAGCAUUCGCUCACUCAUAAGGGGAUGAAAGGCCACAAGUGUGAUGUGUGUUCCCGGGAGUUCACCCUGUCUGCCAACCUGAAGAGGCACAUGCUCAUCCACAACAGCAUCCGACCCUUCCAGUGUCACGUCUGCUUCAAGAGCUUCAUCCAGAAACAGACCCUCAAGACCCACAUGAUCGUCCACCUGCCUGUCAAACCGUUUAAAUGCAAGGUGUGUGGCAAGUCUUUCAACAGAAUGUACAACCUUCUGGGCCACAUGCACCUCCACGCAGGCAGUAAGCCCUUCAAGUGCCCUUACUGCACCAGUAAGUUCAACCUGAAGGGGAACCUCAGCAGACAUAUGAAGGUCAAGCACGGAAUGGACGUUUCGCCAGACGGACAAGAAGUGCUUCCAGAAAUGGAUGGCCAGGGGGAGUACGAAGGACAAAACUUCAACUUUACAUCCCCAGACAGUAUGGACAAUGGUGGCUCCCAAAACCUCACUAAACUCACUACAGCGAACAUGGAGGACAUGGAGGAGUAUUACAAUUUUGGGAAGGAUACGAGCAGCUACACGACACCAUGAGUGGUGAUGGACCAGACCAGAUGGGUGUUUUGUUUUGUUUUUUUCAGAGGCAGAAAAGAAGAACGGCAAAUUGAAAAAUUGCUGCCCAGGCUUUGGGAGACACUGGGGUGGGGAGGGUUACUUUUUGUUUUGGCCUCCUUCACGAGCCAGAACUGACGAACUCUGAUGAGAGGCCAGGAAAGAGACGUACUUGAAAGGAGAAGUUUCAGCUCUGCUGCCGAAAGCAGAGACACUGAGACUGUCAGCAUGGUCUGGAACUCCUUUUUGGGAUUACUGCGCUACCGACUCAAAAACUCUCUGGCGGACAGUCAAAUCUGUAUGUUGUGUGUAUGUAUCAGUUAUUAAAAAAAAAAAAAAGGAAAAAAGUUGCAGUUGCAGAGCCCAUCACAGUUCCAUUUGAUGUGCUAGAAAAUUUGUUUACCAUUUUGUCAUUCGCAAUGUAUGCCCUUAUAUUUUUUACUUAAAAGUGCCAGCUAGAUCCAUUUGCAACUAAGCUUCCACUAUGUCAACAAUUUAUUCACUGUAUAUCAAAUGUUUGAUACAUAGCCACAACAUAUUCAUAGGUUUGAAUGCUCUUUCUAAACAAUUUCUAAUUGUUGUCAGUCAUUCCUGCCCAACCCUCAGUCAAAACAAGCCUGUGUUGCAAUGUUUUUUUUUUUUUUGUUUUUUUUUUGUUUUUUUUUUUCAAAUUUUGCACAGGACAUUGUGAGCCGUUAUUCUGCCAGGGCACUUCCUACCAAAGUUGCUACUGUCCCAUGUCGGCUGAUACUAGAAAAACCACAUUACCGACAUGUAAAGCCCUUCCACUGUACAAAUGAUUCUGCAACAUUCAGUGUGUUUACCCACCAGUUUUGUUUCACAUGGUGUAGCUUUACAUUAAUAUUCUAUCCCGUGUAGUGAAUAUACUGCUCUAGAUUUGAAUAAUUACCCGAGUGAACAGUACGAUGCACUUUUCAUUGAAACCUGUCAUUUUUCUGUGAAGGCUGUCUUCAGUAAGUAAGGGUGAACUCAUCUGCCUCAAGGAGAAGAGCUGGGGGAAAUAAGAUUGCCAAAUCUUCAAGGACCCCAUAAUGGCAAUAUUAUAAAACACAAACAGAUAUGCCUUCUCAGUUGAUUUUUGUAAAACUGCAGUUUCAAUGAUACGGAUAUUUCAGUUGCCAAUUGAAGAAUGAGCAGUUUGUAUGGAGAAUCAGCAGUUUGGGUUUUUGUUGUUUGUAGUUGCAGCACUCUGUUAAAUUCAGGGCUGGGUUCUAUUCAUUUUCAGUUCAGUUAUUUCUGCACCCCCCCUCCCAUGUUGAAUUAACUGAAUUGAAAAUGAACUGACACUAGUCCUGCUAUUCAUAGUUCUGUUUUGGGGAAGACAGUCUGCUCCCCCUGUCCUGCCAUGCAGGUCAGCCUUGAUAUGCACACUAAACCAGAGGAAUGGUCUACUAGUUCUUUUUUGGAAUGAGGAAUAUUAAACUGAGACCUCAUGGAAAUUGACCAUGAUUUAUUUAAUAAAGGUUCUCUAGUUUAAAUGA